AUGGAUUUUGAAGAUACCAAAAGGGAUUUGUCUAUAGAUCCUGAAAAAGAAGCGAGGAGGAGGAAGAGUAGAAAGGGUGCUGUUACAAAUGCGGAGAUGGAUUUUGAAGAUACAAAAAGGGAUUUGUCUAUAGAACCUAAAAAAGAUGUGAGAAAGGGUAGAAAGAUGGAUUUUGAUGACAAGACAAAAAGUUAUGCGCUUAAAGAUUCAAAAAGAGAAGCAGUUGAGAAUUUGGAAAAUAAAGUAAAACCUUCUAUUAACAGAGUGGGAAGGGGACAAAAAAGAGAAGCUGUUGAAAAUUUGGAAGAUAAAGUAAAACCUUCUAUUAACAGAGCGGGAAGGGCACAAAAAAGAGAAGCUGUUGAAAAUUUGGAAGAUAAA